AUGGCAGCAUUAAAAAAUCAAACAGAAAUCAACGACACAGAUGACUCAGAUGUAGACGAAACUCUCCAUCAACUGAUUGAUUUUAAAGACUUGGGGAAGGAUAAGAGAGCAGUAUUGCUAUUGAUCAUCGUUUCCACUGCAACAGCAAGAUUUGAGAGAAGACAGGCAAUAAGAGAAACAUGGUGGAAACAUUGUUCUGGCAAUCAGACUCAGGUAAGCAGGCAAGAUAGGUUCUUUGUCGCCAGUUAUCUCACGAUCUCACGAUGAUGUUUCUUUCAGUAAUAACAUUGGUGACGAAUUACUCCUUAAUUUUGGCCCGAAAUUUCAGCGUUAAUUUGUAAUUUCACAUGUGAAAUUACAAAAUUGCCAUGGCGACCCUUCCGUACGUCUGAGUGUCAAGAUGGCGAUGAAGUUUUAAAAUGUCAUGAAUGAAGAUGUCAGGGCACAAAAAUUAAAGACGCUUUGGAAAAACUGAACACACAAGAGAACUCAAGAAGGAUUCUAAGAGGUAUUUUGCCGAAAAAGUCUGAAAAAUUCUGAACUUUAUAAGCCAAAUUUAAGGUCUAAACAUUUGAGAGAGUGGAGUUCUCGAUCGAUACGUUCCAGGAUAGACAUGUCAAAAAUCCAAGAUUGCUAACGUAAUUCGUCACCCAUGAUAUUAAUAGGUAAUCAAAUGGUAUACUCGUGAAACUAGGGAAUAAUUUCACUUGCCUCUUGUCCAAAUCCUAAUAAUUUCUUUCGCCUAAAGGCUCAGGAAGUUAUUAGGGUUUGGACAAAACGCGCGUGAAAUUAUUCCUUAAUUUCACUCGUCACCAUUUGAUUACACAUGCUUAUUCACAGCGAAAUUUUCAACCAACGACGAAGACGACGGCAAAAAGCAAAAAUCAACGGGUUUAGAUUAGCAAAACAACAACUUUGCACGAGCAGCACCCUUUGUUUUUUGCACUUUCUUUAGUGUCGUUCAACGACCUCGACGUCAAAUUUCUUAUUUCCCGUUUUACACCGAGAACGUGAACAAAAGACACCGAUUCGGAACCUGGAUACAGUCCUUUUGGAAUAAACCUUCAGAGAAAUUCGCCAAAAUUGGACAAUUAAGGUGGCUCGAUACAGUUUUUCAGAGUCAAUACCUCCCAAGUUUGAGCAUAAACUACGUCACCAUAACCAAAGACUUGGAAAAAUUGCCACCACGGUUGUAUUAGAUAAAGCACAGGUAACCCAGGCUCUGUGAUAGUACCACAGUACAGUUCUAGUGAAAUUACAGUGUUUGUAUGGGGUAAAAAUAUGAUCUUAAAAUUUGUAGUAAAUACUAAAUAUAAGUCAAUGAAACUUACCGUGUAGUUAGUUGUUGUUGUCCUUAUUGCUCCAACGAAGUUGCCUAGGCCUCAUUUUCUUGGCCGCCCGUUGAUCUGGCCCGGUUACUUCUGCGAGCAUAUUCUCGGCCUUUUUGGAUUACAUCCUUCGAGUUUGUCAAAGUCUGCGGGAUUCGUUUUUCCAUCUGGGAAAGCUUCAUUGGUUUCUAUAUCUGCUGAUAUCCUAUUACUACGAUCCUGGCAUGUUUAUUUUCUGUUGGAGUUCGAAUUUCGUGGAAAAAGUUGUGUUGAAUGAGAGCAUGACGGCGAAGAUGGAAUCUUUUGUCUCCUACUGCUUGUAUAUUAUAAUUGUAUAUAGAGUGAAUUUGAACAAAUUAGUACAAAUUAUCACGAAACUUCGUUGGAGUAAUAGGGACAACAACAACUAACUGCAACGUAAGUUUCAUUGACUUAUAUUUAGUAUUUCCUACAAAUUUUACGAUCGUAUUUUUACCCAAUACAAACACUGUAAUUUUACUAGAACCAUACUGUGGUACUAUCACAGAGCCUGGGUUAGCUGUGGAUAAAAAUGAAAAUUUGUUAUGAUCAGGGUUGCAACUACAUCGGAGUUGUCAUAGCAACGAAAUGACGCUAUUACCUAUUUUACUUGCAGCAAUAUAUCUCGGCCGCUAGGAACUGUUCUUCCAAAAUCGUUCGCGGUUGUUGUUUCCUUUAAUACCGGCCUCGAUGCUCGUCAAGUUUAAGCCAAAUCUGUAAGAGCGUUAUCGCGACUAUUAUGGGAUGAAGUCUUUUUUUAUGGCUAGAAACACAGUUAAAAAUGGACAACCUUGAUGUUUGGCCGUUAUCUGUACAAAACAAAGCGCUUUACACAUGCAAUUUUACCUCAUGGUAGUUUCAACCUUUUUAAAAACGUUUGUGAAAGAUCAUGGAGAUAACUCCAGCCGAUUGCUAGAAAGAAGGAUUUGAUUACUAGGUAUCGAAACGCUCUUGUUAGCGGUUUUGUAAACAUUUAGGUCUUCUUUAACAAAUUAGCGAAUAAUUUUUAAACCGCUCGAUACAUUUUUUUUUUAAAUUUAAGAUUCUCGAGACUAACUUUCCUUUAAUAUGACCUUUUACUUUCAAUAUUAUUGAUAAAUUGUAAGGCAGUAAAAUAAGGGCUACAAUUCGUUUUUUUUUGUUCCGGGAAAGCUCGAUGUGGGAUUUCUAUUCUAUGGACAUGAAGUGCUGCAAGUAGAGUGCGUGAUAGUCAAGUACAAAGCUACCCGUCUAAACACAUACGUAACGUAGACGGGUAGUUAAAGUUGCUUCUAGUAGUAGUCGAAGGUUAAAUCAUUGAUAUCUCAAGUAUUUAUAAAGUGCAACACGGCUUCAUAUCUUAACAACUACGAAAAUCUAUCAAUUAAAUACAUACAACAGUAGUAUAGGGUGCACCACGGUUUCCACUUUUUUGAGCAGGAAUCUCAUAAGCGUGAGCAGGAAUAGAUUAACGCCAAUGACGUCAUAGGCUAUUGUCUUGAUCUCAUGAAUAAAAUGCGCAGGAAUCUCAUUAAGAUAAGGUCGUGUGUUAUUUUUAGUUGGUUUAGGUUUUCUAGUUACUUUAAUGUCGAUAGACGUCUUCCUUUUCGAUUGGUUAGUUAGAAAAUAAGAAACGUUUCCAUUGGUUAAUUCAUAGUGUCUAAGGAGUAAAGUCAAACUUGUCUGUGACUUAAAAUCACUGAGACGUAACGUAAUUAUGCACUUCCUAUUUCCUGCUGCUGUGAUUGUCCUGUUACUUACCCCUCUCCUUUUCAUUUUUUAUUUUCCUCCUCCUCCACAAUUUUGUUAUUUUCCUUCCGCAAUUUUUUUAUUCCCAUUUUUCUUUCCUCCUCCUCCUCCUCCUCAUUUCUAUUGUUUUCCCUCCACCACCACCACCACCACCACCACAUUUCCAUUGUUUUCCUUCCUCCUCCUCCUCCUCAUUUUUAUUGUUUUCCCUCCUCCUCCUCCUACUCAUUUUUAUUGUUUUUCCUCCUCCUCCUCCUCAUUUUUAUUGUUUUCCCUCCUCCUCCUCCUACUCAUUUUUAUUGUUUUUCCUCCUCCUCCUCCUCCUACUCAUUUUUAUUGUUUUUCCUCCUCCUCCUCCUCCUCAUUUCUAUUGUUUUCCCUACACCACCACCACCACAUUUCCAUUGUUUUCCUUCCUCCUCCUCCUUCUCAUUUUUAUUGUUUUCCCUCCUCCUCCUCCUUCUCAUUUUUAUUGUUUUCCCUCCUCCUCCUCCUUCUCAUUUUUAUUGUUUUUCCUCCUCCUCCUCCUCCUCAUUUUUAUUGUUUUCCCUCGGAAGGCCAAAGAGGCCAAAAUCAGGCCUAAACGGCCUAAAAGGCCAAACUUGCAGGGAAAACACCAGAAAUGAGGAGGAGGUGGAGGAGGAGAAGGAGGAGAAGGAGGAGGAGGAGGGAAAACUAUGGAAAUGUGGUGGUUGUGGUGGUGGUGGUGGUGGUGGAGGGAAAACAAUAGAUUUGUGGCGGUGGUGGUGUAGGGAAAACAAUAGAAAUGAGGAGGAAGAAGAGGAAAGAAAAAUGGGAAUAAAAAAAUUGUGGAAGGAAAAUAACAAAAUUUUGGAGGAGGAGGAAAAUAAAAAAUGAAAAGGAGAGGGGUAAGUAAAGCAUUGCUUGCAGUGUAUAAAAAGAGCUAGUUUGCCUUUGCCCUCUUUAAUAUAUAUAUACACGAUUUGUCCGCCAAAAAUCAGUGAACCGGAACAAGGACAAUCACAGCAGCAGGAAAUAGGAAGUGCAUAAUUACGUUACGUCUCAGUGAUUUUAAGUCACAGACAAGUUUGACUUUACUCCUUAGACACUAUGAAUUAACCAAUGAAAACGUUUCUUAUUUUCUAACUAACCAAUCGAAAAGGAAGACGUCUAUCGACAUUAAAGUAACUAGAAAACCUAAACCAACUAAAAAUAACACACGACCUUAUCUUAAUGAGAUUCCUGCGCAUUUUAUUCAUGAGAUCAAGACAAUAGCCUAUGACGUCAUUGGCUUUAAUUUAUUCCUGCUCACGCUUAUGAGAUUCCUGCUCAAAAAAGUGGAAACCGUGGUGCACCCUAUACUACUUACAACAAAGUGAAUCUAUUUAACCGUGGAGUCCCAGAAACGUAACGCCUCAAUACACCACAAAUAGGAUUUCCCGCUAUAAUAUUUUCUUAUCCUACAAUAAUACGCGUGCAUAAUAACGCGAAAAUCAAGGGCCUCGAUUCGGGGAAAAUUACAUCAUUGCCAAACAGCAAAAACGUAAUCAACUUACAUGCGUCAUUUCAGUCAUCGCCAAAAAUAAACCGCAUGCUCAUCACGAGACUCAUUUGCAUACAAUGAAACUCAUCACCAUUCUUAUCCCCAGUUUCCACGGUCUCUGCUAGGAACGCUUGGGAGCAUGGCGUCCUAACUGGUGCCCACACACAUACAAAAAUAAAGAAACGUCUGCAUUUUUAGUCUAGCUGUGCUAAAGCAAGCUCUACUAAAAAGCUCCUCAAUGAAUCAUUGGCGAAGGUGCCUUGGUUAUAAAUAGAGAAAACAGAAUUGAAAGUCGUGAAUCUGCUUUUCCAGAAAACGUUUAGUUUCAUCAUUUCAUCAUUUUUACCUCACCAAAGUAUGGAAUGUGUGUAAAAAGAGAGCUACACAACGGUAAGAAUACUAUUGACCAACAACAUACAGAGCAGGGGCAGCUGUAGUGUCAACUAUGUAUGUGUAAUCAAAUGGUGACGAGUGAAAUUAGGGAAUAAUUUCACGCACGUUUUGUCUUAGGCUCGGGAAAUUAUUAGGAUUUGGACAAAACGCAAGUGAAAUUAUUCCCUAAUUUCACGAGUAUACCAUUUGAUUACCUAUUAAUAUCAUGGGUGACGAAUGACGUUAGCAAUCUUGGAUUUUGACAUGUUUAUCCUGGAUCGUAUCGAUGGAGAACUCCUGCACUCUCUCGAACGUUUAGAGCUUAAGUUUGGCUUAAGUGGUUCAGAGUUUUUCGACAAAAUACCUGUUAGAAUCGUUCUUGAUGUGCUCGUUCGUGAGUUCAGGUUUUCUAAAGCGUCUUUUUGUGCCCUGACAUCUUCAUUCAUGACGUUUUAAAACUUCGUCGCCAUCUUGACACUGGGACGUACGGAAGGUUGCCAUGGCAAUUUUGUAAUUUCACAUGUGAAAUUAGAAAUUAACGCUGAAAUUUCGCGCCAAAAUUAAGGAGUAAUUCGUCACCUAUGAUAUUAUACUAGUAAUACAUGUACUCUAGAGAACCGUUUCUUUCAAAUUUCGUCUUAUUCUCGUGCAUAUCUACGCAUAAUUUAUGAAAAGACAAAGGUUCACGUUCCCCUGAGAGCUCUAUUGGGAAAACAAAACACACAAGCGAAAGAGGUCUAUUAACGGGCCCGAAAAGCUGUUGUCGUUUACAUUAAAGUUCGAGGUUUCAGUAGGUUUACAGAUAAUAUGAUAAAACUAUCAGUAUAUAAUCUGAAUAUUUGAUUUCGGGCCCGUAAAGUUACCGGGACUUUCGAGAAACGGGCCCCAGGAGCAUAGUCCUUGGAGUCUCGGUUCGGUCAAUCCUGGGCCGGGUUGUUCAAAGCAGGGUUAAGAUAACCCAGGGUUAGUGCGAGGUAUAAAUUCAGAUAUGAAAGCUUAAAAAUCAAAUUCAGUGUAAUUCUUUUAGCCUGUAAUAUACUAAAUUGAUGCUCUAUAACGAAUAGUGAAAAUUAUCCGGAAAAUGCUUUUGAACAAAAGAACAAGAAACCCAGAAUAAACCUUAAUCCUGAGUUACGAUUAAUGGGCUUUCGAACAAGUGGGCCCUGGAGUCUACUGUGAGCUGUGACGUCAUCGACAGAGACUCGCCCGCUCUUUUCCAGACUUCGCGCGGACAACGGGCAACACAAAACGCCUAGGGACUAGGCUGAGGUCCCAGGGCUUUUCUCUUGGACUCUGGGAGGGUCCCAUCCCAGAUUUACACGAGAAAGGCCCUGAAGAUGGCUUACACGACACCCGGGACAUAAGGGCAGUUCUGACCUCGUGGGUGCAACUUGAAUUUUUCUUUCUUUAGGUGGAAUGCGUCUUCAUGACUGAUGGACUCAUAACAGAACAAAUUCAACAUAACCUUAUUUUAAAGGAAAAGGAUAAAUACAAGGAUAUUAAGCUUCAGCCUCUUAAAGGAGGCCGUGGGUGGUUUGGAUUCCGCUUCCUUAACCAAAUCAAAUGGGCAGCGGCGAAAUUUAACUUUCAGUACCUACUUAGAAUUGAUGAUGACUACUUCUUGUGCCCAAAAAGGCUUCUUUUUGAGCUUCCAUUGAGACCGAAACAAAAUCUAGUCUGGGGAUUUUUCCACUGUCAAAAAGGAAUCACAUGGGUGGAUGAUGCAUUUAUGAUAUUCUCCGAAGAUGUUAUUCAGAAGUUCUUGGCGCAGAACGAAAGCUCGAUGUUGUGUCAUCCACAAGCGGACCAACAAGUCAUGUUGUGGCUGAGCAGUAUUCUAAACAUAACAUACUUCCACGAUACCAGGUUACAUCAUCAUCCUCCAGCGUCAUAUGUUCCUCGAUUUAGUCACAUCUCGAAUGUUUGUGACUCCCAUUUAGGCGCCCAUGGGGCAUAUGGCAAGACCAUGUAUUAUCUGGGGCUAAGAGCUAAUGACAACGCUAAAGAUGUUUCAGCUAUUCCUGAUUUUGCAAAAUUUUGUAAAACCACAAAGUUUGAUCACCGUGCAUUUGGUGGUGUGUGGCGACAUGAACCCCAGCCCUGCAAAGAUAACCCAGCGUGGGACUUGGGAGAUAAAAUGUGGUUUGGUAGGGAAGUUGUUCAAGGAGUGUAA